AUGCAGGGCUGUUUUUAAGCGAAAGAAUCCCUAACUGACAUAUUUGAUUAAAUAAAAGAUGUAGACUAAUAAAUAUUUGGGGUCAUUUUAGAAAUAUUAAGAAAAGAAAAAGUGUAAGACUUAAUUGGAUUUCUAUCAGACUUUGGGAAUUAAAGAUUAUUAGAAUCAUCAAUUUAGCAACAAGGAGAGAAAUUAAAACUACGUGAUAAGCAAUAGAAAUGGUCUGUUGGAAGAAAAGACUUGGAGUAAAUUUCAAAUGUUUUAAGAAAAUUAAAAGAUCAUGAGUUCAAUUACAAAGACUUUUCCUCUGAAGAAAAUGAAGAAUCAACAUUAAGUCUAAUUAAUACUAUCAAGGAUAAUAGUAAAAUCAUUGAUCUUUUGUAAUUUUUAGUUCACCUCACAUCUAUUGAUGAAUCAAUAAUAUAGGGUGGAUCUAAUUCAUUACAUUUAUUAGUUUAGAUGAAGGUAGACCUUAGUGAAAUCAAUUUUAAUAACAUAAAAAUCUAAAAUACUUCUUUGGUGGGAGGUAAUUUUGUAAGGUGCAAUUUUAGUGGAUCCUAAUUUAAUAAUAUCAACAUAAGUGGAAUAAAUCUGAAUGGAGCAUAAUUAUUUGAUUGUAUAUGGAAAGACUUAAGAAUCCAUGAAUUGCACAAAUUUAAUGGUCAUACUGGAGCUGUAUAAUCAGUUUGUUUCUCUCCUGAUGGAAAUAAAUUAGCUUCGGGGAGUGAUGAUAGCUCUAUUCGUAUUUGGGAUGUCAAAACGGGAUAAUAAUCCUAAUUGGAUGGUCAUGAUUAUUGUAUCAACUCUGUUUGUUUCUCUCCUGAUGGAAAUACUUUAGCCUCUGGAAGUGCUGAUUGGUUUGUCUUCUUAUGGGAUUCUAAAACAAGAAAAAUAAAAGCCAAAUUAAAUGGUCAUACUGGAUCUGUGUAAUCAGUUUGUUUCUCUCCUGAUGGAAAUACAUUAGUUUCUGGUAGUAUAGAUAACUCUAUUCGUCUUUGGGAUGUCGGAACUGGAUUAUAAAAAGUCUAAUUGGAUGGUCAUGAUGAUGCUGUUACAUCAAUCUGUUUCUCUCCUGAUGGAAAUAUAUUAGCUUCUAGUAGUUAUGAUUUGUCUAUCCGUCUUUGGGAUGUCAAAACAGGAUAAUAAAAAGCCAAAUUGGAUGGUCAUACUAGUACUGUCUACUCAGUCUGUUUUUCUCCUGAUGGAAAAACAUUAGCUUCUGGUAGCAAUGAUAAGUCUAUCCGAUUAUGGGAUGUUUAGGAAGAAAAUUAAAUUUCAUCGACUGACAAACAAUAAAAAGAUAUUCUAGCUGAAUUAAAAACACCACUUUUUUUCAAUAAUCUUCUACAAGGUAUCAAUUUGAUUAUUAUUUUUAGAAUCCAAAAAUAUUACAAUUUUACGAAUAUCUAAAACACCAUUAUUUUAAGCAUAAGGAGCUUUGAUCAUGAAAGGAGAUUUUAUCGACUAUUAGGGAUACGAUUUAAGAUAAUUAUUAAAAUCAAAAGGAUGCUGCUUUUAAGAAGACUUUAAGUAAAAGUAAUUCUUUUUCAAUAUUACAAUCAUAAUUAAAUUUAUAACUCGCGUUUUUAUUAAUUAUUUCUUUAUUAGAUUUUACUAUUCAUCUUCACUUCUAGGGAAUAUUUUUUGGGACUUUAUAAAAACUGUUAUCGAUUAAAAUUGA